GAAAGAAUGCCUCCUACGAAAUUGCUGUGUCAUUGUGAACGAACGAAAAACAUCGAGCCGACGAGUGACGAGUCACUCGGGACUUAAUUCAAAUCUUUGAACGGUUAUUCUGUCGCGGUGCAAAAUCCUUUGAACGUCACAUUUUCCAUCAUUUUCCUCAUUUUUGUUCCACCACCAUGACGGCCUUUGUUACACCGUUCUUGGAGUCCUUUGCUUCGGCUGGUCUCUCUGUUCAGCUAUGCAUUCUUGUGGGUCUUGUUGUCGUUGUUAGAACCGCCAAGGAGAUCCUGGAGAGUAUCUAUGUGUACUUCCUCCGUCCUGCCAAGGACCUCAAGAAGCUCGGAGAAUGGGCCCUUGUCACUGGUGCCACGGAUGGCAUUGGCAAGGCCUAUGUGUACGCAUUAGCCAAGCGAGGAAUCAGUGUUGUCAUGGUCAGUCGCACGGAAAGCAAGCUCCAAGCAUUGAAGGAGGAAAUGGAAGAAAAGAAGUAUGACGGCGUCUCCUACAAAUACGUCGUGGUAGAUUACUCCAACUUUGAUGAAACAGUUCGCAACCACUUGUACAAUGAGACCAAGGAUUUGGAUAUUGGUGUUCUCGUCAACAAUGUCGGCAUGAGUUACCGUUAUCCACGCUACUUUCACGAACUCAAGUCGGAGGAGGUGGAUCAGUUGACGGAAUUGAACAUCAGCAGCACCACCUGGAUGACCAAACUCUACGUCGAAGACAUGGCCAAGAGGGGACGAGGCACCAUUAUCAACCUCUCCUCCAUUGCCGGACUGUUCACCCAACCACUCUUGGCCCAGUACGGAGCCUCGAAAGCAUUCAUAGAAAAGUUUUCCCGAUCCAUCCAUGUCGAGUACUCCAGUCGCGGCGUCACCUGCCAGUGCCACACACCGUCCUUUGUCGCUACCAAAAUGAGCAAGAUGCGACCCUCCGCCACCGUUCCUACUCCCGAAGAGUACGUGGAAAUGAGCAUGAGGUUUAUCGGUCACGACGAUCCGGUCGUUCAACCCUUUUGGUUGCAUGCUACCCUGUGCUGGGUCUUUUACAACUUUAUUCCUACCAACUACAUGGUCGCCUACUACUUGUCUACCGCCAUCAAGUUCCGCAAGAAGGGAAUGCAAAAGGAUGAAAUGAUUGCCAAGGGCAUCAAGCCCCAAAAGACGGCUCACAAGCGUGUCGAUCCGCUUCUCGAGAGUUUGAUGUUUUGGCGCAAGGAUUUGAAGGUCAAGGGACAGUGAGUGAAAUUGACCCCAAAUGAACGAACUGUAUUGAACGUCAAUCAACAAUCACCUGCAGAACUAAAAUAGAGAGAGAGAGACACUGAAGUGGAGUGCAGUCUACUACAACAGAGGUAGCUACUUAAAUAAUGAUUUGCUCAAGUUUUGAACACAAACAACUCCAGAAAAGUCUGCUGCGUACGAAGUAGCUUUUACUUUCUUCAAGGUCGUUUGUUGCUGCAAGUAGGUCCAAAGCGCACGUUGCUACAGAUGUAGUUCUAGAAGAGUACGGUAUACCGGUACGGAAGCAGCAACGUGCACUUUGGGAAUUCUUCGUCACCAAGGGCUACGGUAGCUAGUUGCUAGACGAUUAUCUAGACUAGAGACAUAAAUAAAC